GCGGCGGGCUCUGCUCUGAACCGACUGUGUGCUUGGUCUGUGCUUUUCUCUCCCUAUUCCUCAGCUUCACUCAUAGUAUGGCAACACGUACGGUGCGGUCAGCAGCGACAAGCCCUCGGUCCGCCCGGCGCCGUAACGUACCCCGUGGCGUUCGAAGCGGGACGUGGAGCUGGCUGCCCUGCGCUCCUCUGGCCCUGCGCGCUGUAGUUAGCUUGUGCGGGUCGGCCGUAACUUUGCAAAGAACUGCCAAGCGCUGAACCCUCCCCUCACACCAGGAAAUAUUUACCCCAUUUUGCAAAUGAGGAUCUGAAGCAAAAUGCCAUUAAAAGGCUUCUCUGUAGUCGGGCAGGAAGUCCUGGGAGAGCUGAGUUUGCUUCCUUUGCCACAGAAUUGCAGCUCUCUAAGAGUGCACAUCAACUCUUUAAAGCAGAGAGGUGUGUGUGUCUGUGAAAUGAAUGUUUGGCCUGUGUAGGUUGCUCUUAGACUUGUUUGGGGUGGGUGCUGCAAAAACAUUGACUUGCUAGGGAUGGAGAGGAUUUUGGAUUGUAAGAAAGCAGUGUGUCGCUUAGAAUUGCGUUGUUAUACACCCUCCUGUGAAGACCAUGGUUUUGUUGUUUCCUGUGAAGUCUGAACACGUGCAGGUGACAGUCCCUCAGGCUGUGUCUCUUGGGUUCAGGUUUGCAGCUGAAGUAGGCUGGCAAAUGGCAUUCUUGGCAUAGGUGCCUGUGUUUUGAUGGAGAGGAAAUGCUGUUUAGUUUGGAGGGUGCUUAAAUGCUGCAUGUACCAUCCUAUGGAAGUUUGCUGAACAUACAAAUAUCAUGUGGCUAAUUUGUCUGACCUGAGGAGUGAUGCCAGCGUUGUCGCUGUUGGACUGAAGUACUUCCUGCUGCUCCAGCAGCAAAGCAUGUGCCAGUCUUCCCCGGGGCCCUCUUUUUCGCUCUCCCAGUAGGGCUGAAACCAAAGCUAGCUAUCAGACGAUAUGAGAUAGUUUUGCAUGGCAGAGCUGAUAGUAUCAGCGCUGUGAUAUCCACGGGAGCAAGAGAAAUUGGUGUGUAGGAAGAUAUAACACAAACCUGGCUAUGAUAUAUUUAGGAGGAGAAAGGGGAGAAGGGAAACCAUCAGGCUUUUUGGUCUUGUGAGUCCAGAAACGUGUCUGAUCUGUUCUUCCAAGCGAGUCAGCGGGUCUCAUGCAGUGGCUUUCGGUUUUGAACUUUGCACUAGAGGCAUAGAGCCGGUUAGAAAUGUCGUAAAGCUGAAUGAUGUAUGCAGGUUUGCUUUCCUAGCCACCUUUGCGGCACCUACGGAGCAGUGUGUGGAUUGCCUUCUUGCCACCCCUGGUGUUAGGGAAGACCUUUCCUCUCCCAGCAAGCCUUGUGGUGUCACAUUUGUGUUGUGGGUUUCCUCUUCCCCAUGCAAAAAGGCAUGGGUGUUUCUUGGCUUCUGGAUCUUUGGGCAGCUGGGUUUGUGAAUAUAUGUUUGUGUUGCUUUUUGGAGUUGUGUUGGGGAAGCCUAUGAAGCUAAAAAUCAGGAAAGUGAGUUCAGCUGUUCAGGAGUGAACAAACAUGAAUUUGAUUGCAGUUUAGAGAAUAAAAUAAUUGGUUACCAGAACCUGACACCAGAAGCGUAGAAGCAACAAGACUGUUGGAUGUAGUGGACUGGAGAGGUUUUUUUUCUUUUUCCUCAUUAACUAAUUUUGCCUGUGAUGCAUGUGGAGGUACAGAUGUUUCUACCAUCAUGCAGUACUGUGACUAUUCAGUGCCACUUCAGAUGGGCCUGGCAGUUUAGACAUGCUUGUGCCCACUCUUCCAUUUCCUGAAUGUUCCAUUCAUAGUCGAUAAUGGGUGUCAUCAGCAAAUCAAAUCUGCCACCCUCUUUAUGUGUUUAUUAACACGCUGGAAGCAGCCAUAUAAUCCAGGUGUUAAACAAUCCAUGUGGAAUGGUCAAAAUGCAAGAGCCUGUUUAGAAUAUGUGGUGGAUGCAGGCCUCUCAUGAGAAACAUUCAACUAAUGCUCAGUAUUUCAGUGUUAAAUAGUGGGGCAUUAGAUUUGUCUCCUUUUGGAGCUAGAGGGAACUGAUUUGGAUUAGGUAGGUCAGAAUCCAGUUCAGCCUUUCUGCUAAGAAGUAAAAGUGGGAUCUGCUAUUGCAGCAGUACAGCAAACUAGGCCCUUUAACCUGGUUUUUCCAGGGCCAACAGAGCUUUGGGAGCAGCAAGUUGAGACUGAAAGCAGACAUAAUUCAGUGGGGGGGUUGUUCUGAACAACCCUUUCUUCCUGACACACAUAUGCUGUAUGGCACAAAUUGUCUUUGGAGAAAACCAGUGCUUGCUCCUCUGGAGUCGAGGCUGUUAUCGAGAUGUAUGAGCUGCAUGUGCAUCUUGCCAAGAAAAUUGCUGUCCUCUGCCUGCCAUUCUUUGGUUGGAUAGUUAAGGUCCUUUGUACCUCUGUGGAUGUCAUAUGAGGUGGAGACUGCUACACCAGGCACAGGGUGCCAUGCGAAGGGCAUAGAGCCUGCCUGUCAGCAGCGGUGUGACAGUGCGUGUGACUGAAGUAUACUGUGGGAGUCAGUUGAUGCCCAGUGUGCUGCUAUUGCUGGAAAGCAGGUUUGUUGUUUUGUGCCUAUCUGUUAAUUUCUUGUUUCUAAACCCUUUUAUCUUGUCACUAGGCUGUUCUUUGGAGUUUUUUGCACUCGAUUAGGGAUCGGUUCUCAGAAUCAAGGAGUUAGAAGUGAGAUUUGAGAUAAGUGAGGCCCAUUCGGUGCUGCUUUGGACACCUCCGAAGGGAAAAUGGAGUUAUCAGGAUUGAAAAAGAAGAGUUUGCUAGGACUCAAAGAAAAUAAUAAAAAAUCCAACACUAGGGCUCCUUCACCAACCAAGCGCAAGGAUAGGUCUGAAGAGAAAUCAAAGGACCGGUCCAAAGAUAAAGCAGCCACUAAGGAAUCAGGUGAAAAGGAUCGUGGUCGAGACAAGACACGCAAGAGACGCAGUGCUUCUAGUGGGAGCAGCAGCACCAGAUCCCGUUCCAGCUCAACUUCCAGUUCAGGGUCCAGUUCCAGCACUGGUUCAAGCAGUGGCUCCAGCUCCUCUUCUGCUUCAAGCCGCUCUGGGAGCUCCAGCACAUCACGCAGUUCCAGUUCCAGCAGCUCCUCUGGAUCUCCAAGUCCAUCUCGACGGAGACAUGACAACAGGAGACGCUCCCGCUCCAAGUCUAAGCCGCCCAAAAGAGAUGAAAAGGAGCGGAAGAGGCGGAGCCCAUCACCCAGACCUACAAAAGUGCAUGUUGGAAGGCUCACUAGAAAUGUGACCAAGGAUCACAUCAUGGAAAUUUUUUCCACUUACGGAAAGAUUAAAAUGAUUGACAUGCCGGUUGACAGGCUAAAUCCACACCUCUCUAAAGGUUAUGCUUAUGUGGAGUUUGAGAACCCAGAUGAUGCUGAGAAAGCCCUGAAACACAUGGAUGGAGGCCAGAUUGAUGGUCAGGAGAUCACUGCCACAGCCGUGCUGGCACCACGACCCAGGCCACCUCCCAGGCGCUUCAGCCCGCCCAGGAGGAUGCUGCCGCCGCCGCCGAUGUGGCGCCGGUCCCCCCCUCGCAUGAGGAGAAGGUCCCGGUCUCCAAGGCGCAGAUCCCCAGUUCGCCGGCGAUCAAGAUCCAGAUCUCCCGGGCGAAGGCGCCAUCGCAGCCGCUCCAGCUCAAACUCCUCACGAUAAAGCAAAAGGACUGGACAGCUUUUUAUUUUUUAACUUAAAUCUCAUCAGACUAAAUGUUGUACCCUUUUUUUUUUUUUUUUUUUUUUAAUAAUGGGUCUGGGUGAGGAGGAGUGUGAGAGAGAAAUAAUCCUGGCAGUGAAGGCAACCUAAGAGGAGAGAGCAACAGCCCCCGGCCACUGUAUCGCCCGUGCUGUAGACUUCUAGUUUCCUGGCAUUGAAUCGAAAUUAUUUUAAAAUGGCUUUGAUUUUUUUAAAGGCUGCGAAAACAUCUUUUCCUGCCAAAUGAAAGGAAAAGAUGGUGCAGCCUCUCUUUCUCCAGUUAGCAGGCUGCUGCUUGGUGAUUUCUAAAUGCUUAGCAUGCUGUACAGACCAGCGUUGUAAAUCUUGAGCUACUUCAGAAACCCUGUAUGGUAAGACAGGGAGGCAUUUAACCUGAGUUUGGGGUUCCAGCACAGGAGUUCUCAGAGCAGCUGGAGCCCAAAUCUGCCGAGGCUAAAAUACCAAGCUAUUGCUUUAUCCCAGCUCUCAAACCGAUGGGUAGUUUCUGAACAGUGAGCUCUUCUGCAGGUUAAGCUCUUCUGUAACGCAUAGACCAGAAGCAACAGUCCAGCCUACUGAACAUCAUGCUUUAGAAAAGAAGCUGGAAGUCUUAAGAACUGGUUUGUAGUUGCCCCUGUAAAUUGAUUUCUUUCCCCUUUUCUUAACGGGUUUUGGUAAAACCUCCCCCACAGCCCUGGGUGGAGCAGUGCUUCUGCUUUUACACAUCCCAAAUUGACUGAGUGUCACCCCCUGGAGGCUGCCGGGCAGGGAGGUGCUGGCUGGAUUAGCUGUGCUUCCCUCGGGAAGCACAGGGGAUCCACCGCCCUUUGUACAGUCAAUGCUAUACAGAUACUUCGGUUUGUUUUGUAUAACUUUGUAGCCUUUUGGGCCAUGUUGUGUUUGUACUUGUGUAAGACUCUUGAAUAAAGCAGUAAGUUGA